AUUCCCCAGAAGUGGGAGCUGUGAGAAGCGUAGCCCCAGGAGCUGGAGCAGCUUUGACUGUGCCGAGUCCUGGUCUCGGGGUGCUAGCCCCUUAGCCAUCCCCGUUUGCCCUAGCGGGAGUGGGGCCUGCACCCUUCAACUGUGCCAAGCCAUGGGGGUGCAGGGCUUCCAAGAGUUCGUAGAAAAGCGCUGCCCAGGGGCAGUGGUGCCUGUGGACCUGUUGAAGUUGGCACGGGCCGUAGGGGGCCGUGGAGGCGGGGGCCCUGCCUACUGUACAACCUUCCACCCCCCAGCUGGCUAUCCCCACCCAGCUGGGGCUGCACAGGGGCUGGGACCUAUGGUUGGUACAAGCCCAUACCCACACACUCAGCAUGCACCGGGAUUGGCGCCCCCAGCACCCUGUCCAGCUCGGCUCCUGGUGGAUGCUGAUUCUGCUUUGCAGCGUCUGUACGGUGGCUACCAGACAGACUGGGUGUGUGGGGGCCAGUGGAAUGCUAUGGUGGGUUAUCUGGCUGCCCUUUCACAGGCCUGCCUCUAUCAAGGUGGGCUGGAAUUAGCUGUCAUCUUCAAUGGAGGGCUUGGAAAGGAGAGGCUCCCUGAGUGGGGCAGGAAGGCUCAGGCUGAGAGGCAGACAGCUCAGCUAAUUGCUGGGCAUGUGGGCAACAAAGGUACCCCACCACCACGGGCCUGGUUUCUUCCUCCGGCUUGCUUGGGGCACUGUGUCCGUCUGGCCAUGAUUCGGUUCCGGGUCAAGGUUUUCCAAAGCUUGGAAGAUCAUCAUCAGGAAGUGGUGUCCUUCUUCCGUGAGAAUGGCUUCCAUGGGCUAAUUGCUCAUGACUCAGAGUAUGCCCUCUGGAACAUCCCCUCCUAUUACAGCUCCCAUGCCCUCAAGCUAAGCUGGAAUGGCAAAAACCUCACCACCAACCAGUUCCUCAUGCAAGAGGUAGCCAAACAGCUAGGCCUCAAGCUGAGCAGCUUUCCCAUCUUUGCUGCCUUGCUAGGGAACCACAUCCUUCCAGAUGAAGAUCUUGCUGCCUUCCAUUGGAGCUUGCUUGGACCAGACCACCCAUUGGCUUCACUUAAGGUGCGAGCCCACCAGCUGGUCUUACCACCCUGUGAUGUAGUCAUCAAAGCUGUGUCUGAGUAUGUGAGUUCCAUCAAAAACCCCUCCAACUUGGAUGUGAUAGGGAGAGAUGUCUUCAAGCAUUCCCAGUCCAGAACCGAAGAUAAAAUAGAACGGUUCAAGAAGGCUGUGGAAUAUUAUUCAGUGGCAACAAAAGUAUCCCCUACACCUCUGAGCCAGUCUCCGUAUGUUCUCCCAGCUUUUGGGCCCAACCACUUUGGAGGGGCAUCACCUAUGAAUCGCAAUCCAAUGGUACCGCUCCCUUCUGGGAAGGCCAUGUUCACACCCCAGAUGGGGCCAAAGAUGCAGUACCAGCCUUCUGCCCCACACAGUGCGGUUGCUGCCACCUCUUCUUUCCUUUCUGGUCCCAGCUCCAGCUUCCUCUUCCCUCCACAUGGCCUGGCAGAUGCAGCCCCUUUCCAUGAGGACCCUGCCUUGAAGGGUGGACACUUCAACAGCUGGCCUAUCUCUUACGACAGCUGUCCCACCAAAUUCCCCAACCACCACCUGAGUUCCAAGCCUUCCCCAUCGUCUGGGCCUGGGUCUUCACCCUCUUCUUCCUCUGAUGGGGAAGAGCACAAUGGAACCAGUUCCAACCACGUGUCCGAAACAGUGCCUCGCAAGUCUGGCUGGGAGGAUGAAAAGAUGAUGAGCCAGGGCUGGGGGCAGCCGGCUGGGGGCUCUGGCAACUCUGAGAGGAACCUGAGUGGGCCUGAGGCCCACAUCCCCUCGCUGCUCUCCAUGGCGACCCGCAACCACAUGGACAUCACCACCCCACCCCUGCCCCCAGUUGCCCCCGAGGUGCUUCGUGUGGCCGAGCACAGGCACCGCCGGGGGCUUAUGUACCCUUUCAUCUACCAUGUUCUUACCAAGGGUGAAAUCAAGAUCCCUGUGUGCAUUGAGGAUGAGUGCAAUACUGAGCUGCCCCCGGCAGCAGUCCUUUUCCGGGCUGCACGGCAGUAUGUCUAUGGUGUCCUCUUCAGUGUGGCUGAGACCCAGCGGAGGAUGGAGCGCCUGGCUGUGCGGAAGCGCAUUCCCGUGGAAACCCACCCAGUUAUCAUCAAGGAAUGGUCAGCGUACAAGGGAAAAUCCCCCCAGACUCCAGAGCUGGUCUCAGCCUUUGCCUUUCGGGAGUGGACAUGCCCCAACCUCAAGAAACUCUGGCUGGGAAAAGCAGUGGAAGACAAGAACCGACGCAUGAGAGCCUUCCUGGCCUGUAUGAAAUCAGACACACCCAGCAUGCUCAACCCAGCCAAUGUCCCCACGCACCUGCUGCUGAUGUGCUGUGUACUACGAUAUAUGAUACAAUGGCCUGGGGGCCGAAUCCUGCACAGACAUGAGUUGGAUGCCUUCCUGGCCCAAGCUGUGUCUGCUCAGUUGUAUGAGCCAGAUCAACUUCAAGAACUGAAGAUUGAGAAACUGGAUCCCAGAGGGGUACAGCUGGCCGCUCUAUUUAUGAGCGGAGUGGACACAGCCCUCUUUGCCAAUGAUGCUUGUGGGCAGCCCGUGCCCUGGGAGCACUGCUGCCCGUGGAUCUACUUUGAUGGGAAGCUCUUCCAGAGCAAGCUAAUCAAAGCCACACGGGAGAAGGCACCUCUCAUAGAUCUCUGUGAUGGACAAACUGAACAGGUGUCCAAAGUUGAAAAGAUGAGGCAGAGCAUCCUCGAAGGCAUCAACCUCAACCGCCAGGCCCCGCCACCUUUGCUCCCUCCUCCGCCCUUUGUGUCCUCUAUGGCCCCACCCUUUUACCCUAUGCCUCUCUACCAUCGUGCCAUUGGCUCAGUUCAGCCACCAGGACCUGGGAGAACCAGAGGCUUCACAGGACUUCAUCCUAUACCACCCCAAGGAGGCAAGUUAGAGAUUGCUGGGAUGGUGGUUGGCCAGUGGGCUGGCAGCAAACCUUCCAGGGGACAAGGUUCAUUUGGCAUGCAAGUGGUGUCAGUCGGAGGCCCAGGAAAGGGCCGUGGUCGUGAUAGCUCUGGAAAGAACCCCAAAGGAAACAAAAAGGUGAACAAGCAAGGCUCUACUGAUGGAGUGGCAAAGACGCCAGAGUUCAACAACAGCACCAGCAACAGCAGUGGUGGAAGCAGUCGCCCACAGUCCCAGGUGAAUGGGAACGGGGUCACCACCCCCACAGUGGGCGAGGAUCCAGGGGCUGGAGUAUGCCCCUCUGUCACAUCACCUUGUGCCUUAGCCAGAGACGCUGACUCAUGCAAUAACAAUGGCCCUUUCUUCGGGACUCUGAGCGGGGACCCUGAAAAGUGCCCGGAGAACAAGCUUCCCUUCCCGGCUCUGCAGAAAGAGGAGUGAAUAGAUGCCGCAGUGGAUCUGACUGGCAAUGGGGGGACGGGUGGGGUGGAGAGAGAAGAGGUCGUGAUGCUGCCACAGGGAGCAGCAGGGUGGAGAGAUGCAAACCAGUGCUGGGGGAAUGCCAGAAGUGGACGUUGGGAGAAGAGAAAGUGAGCUUCUGUGGUAAUUCUCAGUGCAGCACUUGGGUUGUUUGUAUGAUGAGAUCUUACCUCUUUUGAACAGCAGAUAUCACAGUGUGGGGUGAAGCAGAAUGGCUUGGGGCUCUUGUGACCCCAACAAUUGUUUGGCACUCCACCCUGGAGGGUUACCAUUGUGCUGUUUGGAUCCACAAGGGCAGUAUAUUUUUCUUUUUUAAGUUUAUUUGGAUUUCUUUUCUUUUUUUUUAAUUUUAUAGGGGAGGGGGGAGAGUCUUUAGGGGGCAAGAAUUAAGAAUUCUGGAUUUUGAGAAGGGGCUAUUUUUAAAGGAGAAAAAGCUGGCAAAGGUUUAUUUUUAAAUGGGGCAGAUUUUUCCUGCCUUCCAUGUUAAUUUCUUGCCAACUCCCCACCAUCAGGCCAAAUAGCAGUGUUGCUUUGGGGGAUGGUGGUAAUGAUAUUGAGUCAAGUGGGGAGGGGAAUGGGAGACCAUGGUUUUUAAGAGAGAGAAAAGAGAGAGUAGCACAGCUAUUGCAGCUUAUACACAAGGCGUGUAUAAUGAUCAGCUUGUGCUUUUUAUAUAUAUGAGAGAGAGAUUAUAUUUAUAUAUAACAUGAAUAGAGCUAUAUAUAAAUAUGAAUGUGACAAACCUGGAAGGGGUGAAAAUGUUCCUGGGAGACAACUUGUCUUCCAAAGCGCUAUUUGUUUUAUGAAUUAAAGGCCCACUUCACCAGUUGCCAGCAACUAACCCUUGUUACAGGGCUGCUGUGGUGAAUGAGGCAGGCCACCUGAUAAUCAGACAAAAAACUUCUUAUCCUUAAAACAGACAAGCACUUACUGUUACAAUUCCAGGACCAUGAGCAAACGGUUAUGAUUGGGACUGUAAAUAGGGUGUGGGUGGAUUGCCAUCAUGUUGGGGAGACAAAGGUAUCCUACCCAGAGUUUAACAGAGGUUGAUGUUUGGGAUUCUAGCUGUAGUUUUCUCUGAAAAGGGUGGCCAGAAGAACUUAGAAGCUGUUCAAUUGGAGACAGUUUACUUUUCUCUAUAAGCAAGGCUGUGUGUACUCUGCAGCUUCAGCACAUAACCUGGAAUCUGACAUUCUAGGAAUCACUGUUUAAAAACAGUGCAUCCGAAGGCUAUAAGCCACAGCUCUUUUUACUACUGAUGAUUCUCAGAAAAGAUUUUAAAGAGAGAGUUUCUGGGAAGAAAGCUGGUCAAGUUUUCAAUAUGUUGUAGGAAUGAUGGGAACUACAGUGCCUUGCACAACUGUCUCUCCUUUUAUGGCUAGUACUCCUUUGCCCCUUGCCUUCUGGGGUCCCUAAUCUCAGUUUCUUUCCUUCCUUCCAUUUUUACCUUCUGCCACCUGUAGUUCUUGGAAAACUUGAAAACGUUGAAUUUCAGAAGCUGAAUAAACUAUGUAAAAUAAGCUAGUACCCUAUGUGUGAAAAAUGUGCACUAGAUUUUGUGUACUGAAGCUGUCAUUUAAUGCAGAGUGCAUACAGCUUUGAUUAUAAAGCAUGAGUAAAAUGGGUAGUUUUAAAGUGAAGAAUCAAGUAACUUGGAGGUGAGGUUACGAAGAAAAAGAUUAAAAUUCUGUUGAAAUGAGAACUAAUUCAGUGUUUAGCUGUGUGCAUGCAUGCAGACAUACAGUGCAUACUUCAGUCUGAUUUCUUACAACUGCCAUGCCAUACACCUCCAAUAACUUGAUGGUCAGGUGCUCAGAAAAAAAAUGAUUGCAACCUGAAAUGUACACGGAUUUUAAUGUCUGCCUUCUGCUAUCAGAAGGCAGACUCUGGCAGGCUGAAUAUUUUCUCCUACAGCUUCCAUCAUACAAGAGGCACAGAUGAAACAAUUCCCUAGGAAAAUGACUCAGGACAGAUUCUGCCACUUUGACCAUGAUCAGGACAGAAAAAGAAAGCAUUUUUGUUUUGUUUUCCAUAAUGUAUGAAAUCCACUGCCACAAGGUAAGAGAUGAUGGCAACUCAUUUAGCUCUCUUUUAAAAGGAUUAAAGUAGUUUGUGAAGGCAAAGUCUGUUAGUGUCUCUUAAUUCUGAUAGCUAAAUAGAAUUUACAUGUUCAGAGGCACUAGACCCCCAAAUUUCAGUUGCUCAGCAACAGUAGCAAACAGGUAUUAAAAAUUGAGAUGAGCAGAGAAUCCACUCCUUUAUUAAUUUCUUUGACUAAAAAAGCAUUUAAGACCCAAAGCAGGCCUGGGGAGCCCCUUUUCUGCCUAGGGUGUCAAGUCCUUUGCUGAGUGACCUGUUGAGGCUGCAUGCUACUGGUGGGCAAAAUCAGAGCCAAAAAUUAGGCAGGGCGACCCCCUUUUCUUUAUGCCCUUCUGUUUUUCUCCUUGCCAUUCCUUUUCCCUUCUCCCCCUACCCAUGCCCCACCCAGCAUAUGUUGGAAUAAAGCUGGGUGCUCAGAGGUUUGGGAUCUCCUGUUGAGCUGGACUCAUCUUUGUGGGCUGCAUGUGUUGGGCUUCUGGGAGUAAUCCACAGCUUCCAGAAGGUGAGCAGCAACUGCAGGUUGUCUUAUCUCCAUUUUAGAGAUUCCUGGUGCGAAUUCUGUCUGCAAUGGCUGGGAAAAACAGCUGCUAUCCCUUUCAGAACAGAUGGGCUACAUGUAUUCUUUCAGAUGUUCUGACCUACAAGUGCCAGUAUCCCUCACCAUUGGUUAUAAUGACUAGGUCUGAAAGGCAUUUUAGGCCAAAACAUCUAGAGAGUUUUAUAUCAUCUUUUGUAUCAGCUUUAUUAUUCGAAGUAGCUAGAAACUCAAUGGCUAGAAAUUAUUAUUUGCUCAACAUCCUAAAUAUAUUGCAAACUCAACCUAUUUCCUUUGUUGGAAGGAUUCAUGAGAAACCAACAAACUUAAAAAAUCUCUGUUCUUAAUGGUAAGGAGAUGAAAUCCUAAAAGGAGAAUUGUUGCUUCAUAUAUAGUUAGCAAUGCUACAAAGUAUUCAAGUAACAGUACAUUUUAGGGGCUGUGUAAUACAAACACACAAGCCUGCUUGUCCAGAAAAUGUUUGAUGUUCUCUUACUGGUGCCAUUUUGUCAGAUAUAUCCAAAACCGGGUGUAGCCAGUAAUUGAGGCUUUGAAAAUCUUGUUUGCUGGAGUCAGAUAUGGAUUCCAGAGAAGCUUAUUUUUUUGAACUAAUUUCUAUCCUUUGUGAUUUAGAUACAACAGGUUGCCUAUUCCUUAGAAUGUAAGAAUUGCCUUGGUGAGUCAGUCCAAGUUUUCAACACUUAUAUCUCAUGGUGGCUGGCUAGAGGUCCUUGCUAUUACUUUCUUUGGUUUGUUCCUCUCAGCAUUUGACCAAUCCUCAGUGGAUGCCAUUGACCUUUAAAAAGUAGAGCAGCAAGGUGAAUCCCUUGUGUAUUUUACAAAUUGGAGAGGGUGCAAUGAUUUUUCAGCACAGUUCCUAUUGUUACAUACCGAUUUCCCAUAGUCCCAAACCUACCUUUCCAAUUCCUGUUUCCAUCCCAGGUUUUGAACAUGCAACCUCUACAGAGAAGGCCCCAAUAAAACUCCAGUGUCCAAUAAUUUCAAAAAAUGAAUGGGGAUUUGUCUACAGUUCAUUAGAUUCCUACUCAGAAUGUGGCUUUUCUUAGUCUAGAACCUAGCUAGAAACCUAUAUUCAAAAUGAUACUACAUCUACACUAAGUCCAGUGUUUAAUUUCAGCAUUGUAAGCUUGCAGAACCUGAUUUUCCCAGGAACUGUAUGACAAUUAUUUUAUGUACGUAUUUAAAUAGAGUGUGUAUAUGUGCAUGUGUGUGCGCACGCACACGCACAUACAUACAUGUAGAUAUAGUCUCCUGUUUUUCUUAAUUUUUGCAAGAGGAACCAGCUUACAUUAAUAACAGUUCUUUCAACGAUCAAGUUUAGGGAAAGGUCUUCAUAAGGCCUUUGACUGAAGAUGCGCAUAAAAGGGAGUAUGUGACCUAGAACCAUAGAGGAGCGAAGCAUGUUUCAUGCCUGAAAGCUUUCUACUUAAGCAUUAUACAUCCGUGCUCUGACUUUUCUUCUGAGAGAGAAGAAGAAAUCCAGAGCAGAUUUUCAGAUACCAAAGAAUCAAGCCUAUAUUACUUUUGGAAUGGUCUGAGAUGCUAUGCUUCUUGUGUUACAGCUGCAGAACAAGGCAGAACUUAAAAUCAUACUUCAAGGUAUUUGAAUUGGGCUUUUCAGAAUGCACCCUAGCUUCCACCUCAAAUGGAUCAAACCAUUUGGGAGCUGGUGUGGAAGCAUUUUGUGUCUUGCCUUUUAUUUGUGUCCCGUAUGCUCAGGUCUGGAACUGACUUGGUGAUGUAGAAGUACCUACUUUAUUCCCAGGGUUAAGGGAGGAAUAGUAUGCAUAAUCAUCCUGAUGUCAUGAUACUUCCUGUCAUAUAACAGGACCUUAUUUAACUACUUCUUGGAAGUGGGAUUCCCAAAUGAGAUUUGGGAAGUGGGUUGGCAUCUUUAAAAGGUGUACCAGAGAGGAGGGAUUUUGCACCCCUUUUCGCUUGGGGUGCUCCUGCCACUUUAACUUGACAGUAUUUAUUGGAGAGAAAGGCAACUUCCUCUCCUGACCGACAGAACAGUUCUGAAGUCUAACCUAUGAAGUAGAAAGACACCUACCUACUUAGGUCAGUCAAUCACAGAGGUGUGCUAACACAGAGAUUAAUGUGCUUUAAUAUAAUGCAGCCCAAGGGGAGGGUAGUCAAAGCUGUGUCUGUCUUCUUUUGUAUUCAUUUUCUUAUAUCAUAUUUCCUGUGUUUGGAAUCCUUUGCAGCUGGAUCAACAUUUUUUUCUCUUAGCCAUACAAGUAGACAAAUGUACUGAUUGUAAGAGAUGGGAUGGUUAAUUUGGCGUUACUGUUUUCCAGGCUGCAAACAUGCCAUUUAGGGGCAGGGGCUUGUGAAUUCUGUAGGGUGCAUAAUCUUUUGGACAUAGAGCUCAGCUUUUCAGGAACCUAGCAUUUUUUUUAAGUUUCUAAUCCUUAUAAUUAUAAAAAUAUUCCCAAAGUGUGUCAGCUUCAGCAAUACCUGAAUGAAUUUUUUGAUGCUGGGGGUGGUCAGAUUUUAUUUUGAUUAGGGCAGAGUUUCUAUUCCUUUUGUUGACCAUUCACAUCCGGAAAAAUUAGGCAUUUUUUUAAAGGCUAGAAUAAAUUACAUAAACAAGACAGUGCAGAUGUAUAUCAUUUGCAUAAUUUAUUCAGGUAGCAGAAUUCAGUGAUUGUGCAUUUUAGAUUUCAAUUUCAGUGUACACACAGACUACCUUUCUACUUUCCAAGCUAGGAAAAAUGAAGUUUGAAGUAAGUUAAUUCUAAAUCCCUUUAGCAAGCUUUCCUUAUAAAUUUGUAGCAAGUUAUUUGCAAAUGUGGAUGCCAUUUCCUCCAGAAUUGCUCCCCCUUUGCUGAGUUGUAAUGGUAGCAGGCAUCACAUAUCCUAAAAAUAUCUCAUGAAAAUGUUAGGUGCUUCCACGCUGUGGGUGGAUAAAAUAAUUAGUUUUGAUAAAAUUUUAAUUUGAAGCAAAGCCUAAAGGUAGAGGAACAUUAUUGGCUUUGUUUCUCUUACAGUGUAGGAGAUGCAUUGUAGAAUCUACAUGGAUCCAAACAACCGAACACCAUACAUAUCUGGACUUCUGAGCAUUUUGGUGGUUACUUCCUAUGUUAUUUCUGCCUAGAGUAGACCCACUGGAAUGAAUGGGACUUAAGUUAAAACAACAUUGAAUGCAGCCUUUUGUCCUUCAUUUCUCUGCAGUAGUCAACGGCUUCAACUUUUUACAUAGUAUUAACACUCUCACUGAUGUGGCAAUGUAACAAAGCAUUUCUGACGUGACGCACACUGAUUGCUCCAUGAGAAGAGAGCCAAGCGAACAUGACAUUUCUUUAAAACUAAAAUGAGAAAUAAUUCUCAUUAUUAUUCUCAUCAAUAAUAAUAAUAAUCCAAUAAUAAUUGGGUUCAUGCCAUCAGUGCCCAGAGGGUUCCCUGACAUGUGGAAUGAGCCCUUUUCCGAAACCACAACCAGAAAUAGAAUCAGGAAUAUAUGAAUCCAUUGUGUAAGUUUUGGUGAUGCAGAGAUUUAAGUUCAAUCGGAGGUUCAUAACCAAAUUCCUAAAUUCUCCUUUGCCCUCCAAGGCAUUUUCUUUUUAGUCAGAGCUUAGAGAAGCCUGUGGUAGUUGGGCUGGAGGAUUUUAUCCCCUGAUCACCCACAGUGGUGAAACUAUUGCUUCUUCAUGGAUUGGAGAACCUUUGCUUAUGUGUUGACAUACCCAGAAACUAGAACUGUAGCCUGUGCUUGGGUGCUGAAUAAGAACCCCAUGUUUUGGCUGGGAUGGAUCAAGGUCAGGCUUUAAGAAACAUGAUAAAUGACUAAAGAAAUGGAGUUCAUACUCAUUUUAAAGCAGUUUUAUGUUAUACAAAACAUAACACACUGCUGAUCAUUAACUCUUCUCUCUCUCCUUCCGCUUGCACCCAGCCAGUUAGUUCUGAUAUUCUUUAUGUUUACAACAGUAGUUAAAGAAAUCUGUACAAUCUGAUGACAUUAAACAUGCUUUUGGUUGUAGGGGCAGAAAUCCAAAAAGGUUCUGCCAUAAAUGGUUGGCCUUAUAGUUACAGUUUCCCCCCACCGCCAACUUAAAACCCUGAACUUGCCUGCAAGCUUCAAACCUCCUUAGAUUUUUUGUUUUGUUUUGGGGAGUGCAGAUUCCAAAAUUAAAAUCCUCUUGUGAAAUCAGAAAUCUGCAGUCUUUGAAUGUGGGGUGUUAAGAGCUACACAACCAGGUCUCAACGGCAAUUCAAAUAUGUAGCCUUCUGACCUGAACUCUGAUCAACUUUCAUAAUCUCAGAAUGCAUUACAGAAAGUGAAACCAUUUUUUGCUGUUUACCCUAUUAGUAGAUAUAGGUAUGGCAAGCCUAGAUACUAGUCUGUUUAUAAUCCUGAAAAGUCCAAGAGGCAUACAAUGUGUGCACAAUUCUGGAAAAGAUGCCAUUUUGGUAUUGUGAAAUUGGGGAAUUUGAAAACAUCUUGCAGUGUAGCAUGUGAAACAGACAAUAUGGUAACAGAAAAAACAAGGCCCUUUGCAAAUAUACCACUUGAUGAUUCUUGGAAGGAUCACAACUGUUCAAGAAAUAAAACAGCAAUACUGUGAUAAUCACGUCCAAGCAACAGGUUUACUUAGUGAGGGAAGCUAUGACAUCUUUUGGACCCAAAGAGUCUACUGAAUUAUGUUCUUAAAUCAUUAUGAGGAAUGCACUCUGAACUGGAGUGUUCUUGCUUUUUCUUCUGGCUGUAUAAGACUUUUGGGUUUGGUGUGCACUACAAAUCAGCCUAAUUACUUAAAAGUCACUGGAGCUGCACCCCACAUUCUGAGUCUUUCAUCCCAAUGGAGUAAGUCCUAUUCAAACCAACUACGGAGAUCACAUUUAUCAUGAACCACUGUUGUGUUAUUAACGUGGACAAUGAGAGUUAAUUGAAGUAACCCAAGUCCUCUCCCAUGAGGCAAACAUUUUCCUUUCACACCAAAAUGUGUUCCUGCCUUCAAAUGUGCUUCCUCUCACCCAGCCUUCUGCAGCCUGGUGCCUGCAUUCUUGCUGAAGAUGGGAAUUGAGGUCCAAUACAUUUGGAAGGCAUCAUGUUGGGGAAGGCUGCUGUGAAGUAAAGGGCAGGUCCGCUGUUGGUGUGAUUUCCAGUAGGAAUAAAACUCUUCCUUCUAACUUUGUGUACUAGCCUCCAGUUCUCUGAGCACUUUCCUUGAAGUCAGCAACCAUCCUAAGGAUGCAACCCAUAAAAUUGUAGGCAAGAAUCUGCCUAUCUGCUUCCUUCAUAGUCUUGUGACUUGUGGUGAGAGGGGCUUUAAACCAACCUACCAACCAAUAUUACCUGCAUUUCUCUUGACGGUCUUUCAUCCCAUCCUGAGGCAGUAAAGCAGGGUGAGACUGUGUCUAGCAGUUCCUAAGCUAUGGCUACCAGUUGGCUUAGCUGGACAUUUUGAGAAACAGAAAACUGCAAAUAUUCUUACAGUAUAAAGAUACUUGAAAAGACUAGAGAGCCUUUUCAAGGGCAGCUUUAACCCUUUUCUUGUAUGGCUUAGAAUUCCAGCUUUUCUUGGAUUCAAAACAAAGAAGUAUACUCUUAGAUCCCUGGAGGAAAGUCACAGACAAACAUUAUGACAGGGACUUGAAUUCUUGUAGAGGGGCAUGGGGGUAUCCCUGUCCACAGAUUACAUAUGUAUACAGUACAGCCUGUGAAGAGGACACAGUGCCACUGAGUAGCCAAGUGGGGCAAAGAACCACCAUCUUUCCUGCCCCAUCAUUCAACUUUAAAGUAACCUACGCUGCAUAUCCUAAGCACAUUUACUUGGGUCUAAGCCCCACUAAAAUAUUGGUGCUUUCUUCUAAGUAAAGAUGGUUAGGGUCAGGCUGCAAGAAUUCUAAACAAACUAUGUGUUCGCUUUAUUUUUUAUUUUUAAUCUAGUUAGCAGAACUUUACUACCGAGGUUGAAUCAUUAUAAUAGCUAACUUACCUGACAUGUAUUUUGCUAAAUAUGCAUGUUCUUCUAUUUUUGAUUUGCAUUCUUCCCAUCUCCCUCACCACAGCCCUCUUUUGUUCUGGUUUUACUUGUACUGGUUUCUUUUUUUAAAGUCCCCUUUUUAAUGUUAAAAAAAAUCUAACACCUUUUAGAAAUAUUUCAGUCUUCAAUUGCUGUUUACUGUUCAUUGCAUAAAGUUGGACAUUGUUGCUCACUUUCUAGGUAUUUUUAAGGUUAGUUUUUUUCUCUUUUCAAUUUUCAAAGGCCAACCCCUCCUCACUGCCCACAUACACCUUAUUUAUCUAUAAUAUUACCCUUUCAAAUGGGAUGUACACUUUCCUGACUAUAACCAUUGCUCUUGUAUUUUGGUAGAUGCUUUGUUGAUAGUAACUAAAUGCCUAGUAAAAUUUUAAAAGUAAAACUUCAAACUCAGUUGUAAUUUUAAGCCAGUCUUUCCCUGUACACGCUCUCGAGUAACCUUGAAGUUGCAUUUUUUUUACCCAAUAUAUAUAUCUCCCCACUGCCACCUUUUAUAAAUGUUUAGCCUAAGAUUUUAGCUUUAAAGAGAAAACAUACAAAUAAAUCUUUCGCUGAACAGAGCAAAUCUGAUUUUUUUCUUUGUUAGUGAUCCCUGGUCAGUUGCAAGUUCAUGCUUUAUUUAUAUGGGAGGGCAAUGAUAAAUUCAUUAUUUCCCUUCUUCAAAAGAAUGGUUUUUUUUCUUUUUAUGCUAUUAACACUUGUUCUUAGUGGAUGGAUAAAUGUUAUCUUUACUAUCCCCACCCCAACCUUGAUAAUUGAAUCCCCCUCUCCCCAAUCCUUGCACCCCACAACAAGCUUGAUAGGUUGUUGGGUUUUUUUAAUCAGUGUAAGUUUGGAGAGGUUGCUCUAAAUCAGGGGAAACAUGCAGUAGGUUGAAAUCAGAAAUCUUGGGUGUCUUUUAGGAAUGUUUUUUGCUGGUGGAAUCUGGGCGCGUUGUUCAUCUAUCGAUGAUGGAGAGAGACUUACAGUGCUUAAUAAAGUCUAUUCUUUUAGUAAAAA